GGCUUCUUCACAAAACCAAAACCCAUCUAAAAGAAAACCAAACCUCACAAACCAGACCCCCUCUUUCUCUGUUCAUUGCAGAGCUUCUUAGUUCAGUAAACUUGACACUAGAUCAAAACCAUGUCUUGUUCAAAUGUGACAAUGUGGGUGUCCUCUAAACCUUCCCUCACUGACACCUCCUCCCUCUCCUUCCGCUCUUGCCUGAGUCCUUUCCAGCUUCCUUCUCAGAACUCACUCACCGGCAACCCCUCCAGAUCGUCCACCGUGACCUGUGGCCUCCGUGAGCUUCGUGAUCGUAUUGCGUCUGUAUCAAACACCAAGAAGAUCACCGAAGCCAUGAAGCUUGUGGCCGCUGCCAAAGUCCGCAGAGCUCAAGAAGCUGUCGUAAAUGGAAGACCCUUUUCGCAAACUCUAGUGGAAGUUCUUUACAACAUCAAUGAGCAGCUCCAAGUAGAAGACAUAGAUUCACCUCUCACCAAUGUUAGACCUGUCAAGAAGGUCGCUCUUGUUGUUGUGACGGGUGAUCGUGGUCUUUGCGGAGGUUUCAACAAUCAGAUCAUUAAAAAAGCCGAGAGGAGGAUCGCUGAGUUGAAGGCUCUUGGUCUUGAGUAUACUAUUGUUAGUGUUGGCAAGAAGGGUAACUCUUAUUUUCUACGUCGGCCUUAUAUUCCGGUUGAUAAGUUCAUUGAAGGAACCAAUCUCCCUACCGCCAAGGAAGCACAGGCCAUAGCCGAUGAUGUCUUCUCUCUUUUUGUUAGUGAGGAAGUCGACAAGGUGGAGCUUCUGUACACGAAAUUCGUGUCAUUGGUGAAGUCUGAUCCUGUGAUUCACACCUUGCUGCCACUCUCACCGAAAGGAGAGAUUUGUGACAUUAAUGGCACUUGUGUAGAUGCUGCUGAAGAUGAGUUCUUCCGGUUGACAACUAAAGAAGGGAAACUGACUGUAGAGAGAGAUGCAACCACUACAGAAACAGUGGAUUUCUCUCCGAUUCUGCAGUUUGAGCAGGAUCCGGUUCAGAUUCUCGACGCAUUGCUGCCUUUGUACCUUAACAGUCAAGUUUUGAGGGCAUUGCAGGAGUCAUUGGCCAGUGAGCUAGCUGCUAGGAUGACUGCUAUGAGCAAUGCGUCCGAUAAUGCAGUCGAGUUGAAGAAGAGCUUGUCGAGGGUUUACAACAGGCAGCGCCAGGCGAAAAUCACCGGGGAGAUCUUGGAGAUUGUUUCUGGUGCCAAUGCCUUAACCUAAGUAGGUAUGAUAUGACAUGGCUACUAUAUGCAGAUUUUCUUCAUACUUCCUUGUAAUUUUUCUCAGCGCUACGUAUAAACUUUGUGUGCACGAAGACAAGUGCAAUGCCAAAUGUAUUUUGGUUUUGGAACCAAAUUAAGAGCAUUCCAUUCCACCACAAAUGUAUGUCAUUUUUUCUACAUCAUAGUUAAUAAUUAUACUCUGCUAAUGUAAUUAAGGAUUAUUCUCAAGUUUCGUUCAUCAAUCAGAUAUAGAUUUGCAAUUGCUUGUUA